GCCGAGAGGUAGACGUUGGAUUAGAAAGGGAAUGGAGCAUGUGGGCUUCCUCAUGUUCUCUUCUCAUAUAAAAUAAAACGCCCCUCUUCGGUUUUCUUCAUUUUUUAAUUUGCUUUUUCUUAUUUCUUUACCAAUUCAAGAUCAACCCAGACUGCUUUGCUUUCCAAAGAAUUGGUUUUUGGUGUUUCUUAUUACCUUUUACAUAUUUAUAUAUACAGUUGUUGAUUCUUUUCUUUCUUUUCAGAAGGUUUUUAUUGUCAGGAGGACAAUUUUCAUCUCUUCAAAGGCUAUUGCCUUUUGUUUUCUUUAGUGUAACUCGAUGAUUUGAGAUUGGAAUAAAAACAAAAACUGGUAUGGAUAGAGAGAUAUUGUUAAUGGAAGAAGAGAAAGCCAGAAGCAAGUUCAAAAGGGUGUGUGUUUUCUGUGGGAGCAACUCUGGCCACAGAAAAGUCUUCAGCGAUGCUGCUCUUGAUUUGGGCAAUGAAUUGGUCAAGAGGAAGAUAGACUUGGUGUAUGGUGGGGGAAGUGUUGGGUUGAUGGGUUUGAUAUCCCGGACAGUGUAUGAUGGAGGUUGUCAUGUUCUCGGGAUAAUUCCAAAAGCUCUCAUGCCUCUUGAGAUAUCAGGAGAAACAGUUGGAGAAGUGAGAACUGUUUCAGACAUGCAUGAGCGCAAAGCUGCAAUGGCACGAGAAGCUGAUGCCUUUGUUGCUCUCCCUGGUGGAUACGGAACAAUGGAAGAGUUGCUGGAAAUGAUAACAUGGUCCCAACUUGGAAUACAUAACAAAACAGUUGGUUUGCUAAAUGUUGAUGGUUACUACGAUAAUUUGCUUGCUUUAUUUGACAACGGCGUUGAAGAGGGUUUCAUCAAGCCCGGUGCAAGACAUAUCAUCAUCUCUGCUCCCACAGCCAAAGAACUUUUGGAGAAGAUGGAGCAAUACACACCUUCUCAUGAACAUGUUGCUCCUCAUGAAAGCUGGCAGAUGGAGCAACUUGGUGAUUAUCCUGAGCAACUAAAUGCGCAAUGAAGCAAGCAUUGGUGGUAGGUUUCCCACUGUUGAUUCCUGAUGUGAUUCAUCAUCGAGUUAUGCGCGACAAUCUAUUUGGAUGGGCCACAUAUUUGUCGUUUACCAUGUACUUUUAUCACCAUAAAAAGGGGAUUUGAUCUCAUUAAAAUCAUCUUAGCUGUUUUACAAAAAUGCACUGAUUCAUGGCCAACCAAGCUGCUAUAGAUCUUUAGUCAUAUGAGGUUGUUAAGUUCUACAUAUUGAAGAUAAAAAUACUUUGCAAUGCAAAAGGAUUAUUGCAUAAUCUUUUAGGUUGCAAAAGGAUUAUUGCAUAAUCUUUUAGGUUGCAUUGACUGGGUCCACUUAAGGUUAUAAAUGAUAUA